GGUCGGUGGAAGCAUCUCUAGUCAAAUCAAUGAGUGUAAGCAUUUACCUAAAUUCAAUGAUGACCCUGGAUUACAUGGUGGACAGUUCCCUUUUUUUAAGCAGCAUAUCAGUGCCUUGUAGAAAAAUGGCACUAAAGUUCAAUGCCAAAAUUCAUUGUUUAUGAUGGGGGCAGGCCAACAGUCUUGCAACCUGUGAUUCUAUCAUCUUUGAGAAGUUGUUCUGCUUUCAUUUUAGCGCUCCUUACAGAUACAACUACACCACAACAGCUAAUCUUCAGGUUGCAGCUGAGAAGUCAAGGGACUCCAACAUCUAUGUCGUUAGAACCCAGUUGCGGUAUGUUCAGCCGGAGGGUUGCAAAAAUGCCAACAACUAGUCAUCUUUUGAGCUCUGCAGAAGCACUAACAAUGCCAGCGGUUCAAGUCAUUGUCUUGAAUGCCAAUAUGCGCUGCCAUGACUGUAGAGAGAGAGUCUCCAAAUUGCUCUCCAAAAUGGACAAUUUGCUGGAGUAUGUAGUGGACGUGGUCCACAAGAAAGUAACAGUGAGAGGGACUGUGGAUCCAAAGAAGCGGAUGAAAAGACUGCUCAACGAGAAAAGGGGAUUGAAUAACCUACAGUUUGAAGGAUACAGUAAACACAAGGAUUUGGAGCAGCCCCACAAGAGCAAAUGCAAUGCUUCUUCACAUAAUCUUAUCAAUGGGAGCUGCUCUUUUCGCUAGCAAGUCUCUUUCGUACUGUAGCAUUUGACUUGCAGAUAUGUAAGAUGAAAUAAGUUUUCAUGACAGUAAAGCAAGUAUUAAUUCCUACUUGUAAGGAGACAACGACUUGAACGUGGUCUGUCGCUUGCAUUAACGAUACACAUUUCUUCUUGGGUAUUAUUACCAUGAGAUUCUUUUAAUAAUGAGCGAAUCUCUGUUGUAUUUCUCGUAUAAUAUGAAGUUUAGCAUAAUUUAAUUCUCUUCCUAUGA